CAACUCGAGUUUUUUAACCCACCUUUCUUUCCUUCAUCAUCUCAAAGAUUUCUAUAUGGGAGGUAUUUGCUCAUCAACCAUGUCCACCAGUACUGCUUCAACUUUGCAACUUUUUAGACCUAUUGUUAUUUGUGGCCCAAGUGGUGUCGGUAAAGGAACACUUAUUCAAAAAUUGUUCAAGGAAUAUCCAAACAUUUUCGGUUUUUCAGUCUCUCAUACAACUCGUGGACCAAGACCAGGAGAAGAAAAUGGAGUGCACUAUUACUUUAGUACAAAGGAAAUAAUGCAAAAGGAAAUUGAUGAAGGUAAAUUUAUUGAACAUGCAAACGUGCACGGAAACUUGUACGGAACAAGCUUUCAAGCUGUAAAGGAAGUUCAAACCAAAGGAAAAUGUUGUGUCCUCGACAUUGAUAUUCAAGGAGCCAGACAAGUAAGAAACAAUAAGGAAUUAAAUCCUCUUGUUUUGUUUGUCAAGCCACCAAGCAUGGAUAUUUUGGAACAAAGAUUGAGAGGAAGAGCUACUGAAACUGAGGAAAGCAUUCAACUUCGACUUAAGAAUGCCAGAAAAGAAUUGGAAGAAUUUGAACAAGACAAUACCAAUCUCUUUGAUGACUCAGUUGAAAAUAACGAUUUGGAUGAAUCCUAUGCUAGUUUAAAGCUUACUAUCAAGAAGCACAUACCAACAAUUCAACUUUAAAGACUUUACAAAAAAACAAAUACAAAAAUACAUUAAACAUUUAAAUAACCAUC